AAUAGAGGUGCCGGCGCACGCGUCUUCCCGCUGUCAAUUUCGUCCGGAUUAGGCGCACGAUUAGCUCCCGUGCGGAGAGCACGGCGAAGUGUAUAUCCACGUCAAAAGAACCCUUUUGACCACCCCGCGAGUGAAGUGUUCCUCAAAAUGGUGUGCGGUUGCAUAAUACGUCUGCAGUUAUGUGUGUGACUCAGCACUCUUAAAUUACUUAGUGACAUUUCCACAUCUAGUAUAACAGCACACUCAAGAUGCUGAAAGGUCGCGGCCGUGACCCUCGGACCACCUUCACUAUUCCGGGGCACAACGCAACGCGCCCUUCGACUCAGGCACACAACACGAUGCGACCACCGGCUCAAGGACAGACACACGCUACACUGCGCCAGACUGUGCAGAAUAACAGAGCGCCUUUGUCAAAACCAGAGCCAGAAUAUGAAGUUGUCGAGUUUCCAACCGAACAGUAUGUGAACGCAAAGCUUCAGCCUCCGCCGCCACCGCCUCCGCGACCUCCCACAGGUCACCCGUUGGAAGCUGGUGCAUCAUGUGGACUGUGUGGGGGCGGCGGUGCACGUGUGAGAUGCUCAGAGUGCGGCCGCCGAGCUCUCUGCGCCUCAUGCGACGAUAUGUACCAUCGCCAUCCGAAACGAAGAAACCAUCAGAGACAGGCUCUACCCACAUCACAAUUACUGGACGAAAGACCUCCACUACCUCCGAAAGGCACGCCACCUGUACCUCCACCACGACGACACAAGAUGAGUGGUGACAGAAUGAGCGCAAGCCCCAGGCCCCCGGCAAUGGACCAGCGUCGAGCCACUUUAGGACACCUAUCAAUGAAUUCAAACCAAACCGCAACUUUACCACUUAACAAUAAUGUUCUUCAUUCGCAACAAAUACCUCCUCACCUUCAAGCCAAGCUGUCGCAACCGAACACGAGUCAUCUCGGCAGUAUGCCAUAUCUCGCCAGCCCGACCAUGCAACACGCACAAGCGCCUGUCAAUCAAAUGCAGUCAAGCCCCGUGGACCAUCAUUCUACGGCGUGGGGGCGUCCUCGCGGAUCGUUGCCUGGAUUCAACAUGCCUUCAAAUAUGGCAAUGACGUCAGAAGCAUGGGAGAAUGCAGAGACUCACGCUCCUCCAGGUCAGCCUUGGAGUCGGCCGUUGCGGCGGGGCGCGUCAGUACUAGAGCUGGGCGGCAGCGGCGCGCAGUGCGGCGGCUGCUCGCACUGCGCGCCGCUGCCGUGGCGAUACGGCAGCUGCGCUAACCUCGAGCACCCGUGGAUCGGCGGCUGGCCGCAGCCGCCUCCUUCUUGCUGUGUUCACCCACCCCAGCAUCCCCAUCUACACUCGUAUACCCCACAAACUCCACAACCGUACCGCAGAGGGGACAGCCGUACAAUGUCUCGUGCUGCGUCACGAACUGGUUCCCGUGCAGCUUCCCCAGCAGUAAGUGUUCGAUCACGCACUUCUCGCCGCACGAAACAUCGUACUCCUUCUCCGCCGCCGCUACCGUCUAGCGAUGCCGAUUCAGAAAGCGAGAGUGAUGGUGCUCCUGCUCCUACUCGAGUACCAGCCUCCAUCCCUGCAGCCACGCCUCCCACCCAGGCUCCUACAACUCGAGCUGUCAGUCCUGUCAACCAACCCCAAGAACAAGACGAGGAAGAAUCUAUGGGCCCCGCACCGCCGCCUCCUAACACAUCCUGGCAGUGUGAACACUGCACGUUCGUGAACGAGCCAGGCGUACGUGUCUGUGCAAUUUGCUGCCGUACACCGACUGCUGCUCCUAAAGUCAUUGAUACUAUGAACAGCAGUAUAGCGCGAUUAAAAGUUCAAGAGAAGAGCUCACCAUCACCUGCGCGUUAUAUAGAAGAACCGCGAGAAAGACUAAAUGGAGAGGGAACUAAAAAUUUAAAUAAAAAGGAGAAAGCUUCUACUGGAUGUGGACCAUCACCACCGCGGGAAGAAAAAACAAAAAACAAACCCACAAACAGGCUUAUGACUCCUACGAGAGAAAACAUUAAUGAUCAUACAGAGUCACUAAAUACAAGACUGGUUACAUCAUCACGUCAAGAUUUACAAGAUUCUGUCAAAGUAGCGUCUCCGUCUCGAGAAAUCCCUACUAUCAGAGCCUCUCCGUACCGGGAAAGUCAAUCAAGGCAGCCUGAGAUUCAAAAGCAUAGUGUUUCGGUUGGUCCUUCCCCGCCACGUGAUAAUAUAUCAAAGCGAGAGUCGAUUGAUCCGUCAUCGAAUAAUUCUAAUAAAAGCAAUUAUAAAAAGUCCAUUGCUACUUCCCCUCCGCGUGGUGCGAUUCUUGAAAGUCAUUCAUCAUCUUCAUCCCUCCGAGCCAACGUAUCAAAUACCGGUACGUCUCCACCGCCGCAAAGUAUCUCCACACAGACUUAUGAAGACCCAAGUUCAUGGGAGCGCGCACCCUCCGCUUCACGGUCUCGCUCAAGACCCCGGAGACGAUUCCGAGAUGAAACUCGCCGGGAACGUUCACAUAGUAGACACUCGAUGUCCAGUGAUACCCGAGAGAGCGAACGGAGCGUCCGCACGAGCGGCGGUGGCGGUGGUGGAGGAGGAGGAGGAAGGUGGGAGUGGCGCGAGACUCGCGACAGCAGCCCCGGCGGCGACUGGAGUGACGGCGAGCGCCGCCGCGCCGGCACGCGCCUUACGCGCCGCGCCUCGCAUCUAGACCUCCACAGGACGAGGCCGGCGCGUCGCUCCAGCUUCUACGGCUCGGAGGCGGCGUCACCGGAACCCUUGUCGUCUGGAAGAGCGAUAUCUCUAGAAGCGCUAGUGAGCGCUGGAGCUCGGCGAGAAACGGAACGGGGGCUCGAACUGGCGAGACUGAUGAGCGAGGCGGAGAGGCUCGGGUUCAGUGCGGCGGAGGUGCAUGCAGCGCUGGCGCAGAGCCCGGGCGCGCCGCUAUCGUGGCUGCGCGAGCGCUGGCCCAGCCUGUGCGCCGGCGUGCGCGCGGCGGCGGCGCGCCUGGCGCCCGGUGCCGCCGUGUCCGAGCGGGAAGCACGCGCCGCGCUCGCGCGCCACCGCGGACACAUGUGGCCCGCCGUCACCGACUGCGUCGAGAGGCAUCGCCGCCAGACGGAGGCGGUAGCUGUAGGCGAGGAGCGAAGACUACGUGGUCAUGUAUGGGGCUCCCCAGUAGGCGCGGACGAUGACGCUGCUCCACCCGCUGCUAGCCGUCAACACCAGCGCCGCCUGCGCGCAGAAGAUAGUUCAGAUGAGUUUGAAGGACCAGGACCGACCGUAUUUCAAGACGAUGAUUGGAUGUAUUUACCGCUAGACUCGAAUAUUAAUCAAUACGAAAAUGGACAAAAUCUAGAGAUAGGGGACAAGACUUUCAUAGAAAAGACUAACGAUAAAACUGAAGACAUAGCAUUAAAAUUAAAAUCUCUUCUUUUGCAAGCCGGAGUUCCUUCUAUUAAUGAAAAUUUGCUUUUAAAAGGACUCUUAGCCGAUAACGCCAUAUAUAAUGAAAAUGCUAAUGUAAUGGGAACUAAACCAUAUUCGAUGGAUUUGAGUCAGUCUGAAAAUGAUUUUAUUGAUGCUUAUAAUGCACUAACUAGGUUAAGUCCAUUACCAAAUAACUAUAAACCACUAAGUACGGUAGACAAUAAGAAAGAAAUAAAAAAACAAAAUGAUGUAACGCAAAGUGUAAAUGAAUAUUCUAAAAGUGAAAACAUAAUUCCAAUUACUAAUAAUAAUAAACUUGACCAAAUCGAUAACAAUAUUAUUCAAUCCGUAUCGUCAAACAAUAGCUAUUUGCAAGUUUCUGUUAAUAAAAAACAACAACAAACAGAAAAUAAAUUGAAUGAAAUAGUUUAUCCGGAUAAGCUAAUAAUAAAUACUGAAGAUGAACAAACGCUUAAAAAACAAUAUAUAUUGCAUGAAGAUAGUUCAACAAAUAAAGAAGACAUAAAUCUAGUUGAAAUGCCUGGACAAAUUAUAAUUACUCCUGAUAAAGUUGAAAACGCAAAUGAAAUUAAUAUUCAAACAAACAGUUUCAAAACCAAGGAAGAUAUAAAUGUAUCUUUAACAGAUGUAUUAGAAAUUGCUCCAGAAAAAGCAGAAAAUGACCAAAUACAAGCUUCGACAUCUUCUUCAUAUAGCAUAGACAGUAAUAUUAAUAACACUAUACUAAAUCCUUCGUUACUGUACAAGGAAAUAGAUGAGUUUUCACAAAUUGCAAACAAUAUAAGUCAAAACAAAACAGACAUAGCGAACAUAAGAAAUCACUCCGAAGAACAAAGCAUAGAACAUUUAAUAAAAGAAGUAACUUCUGAAUCAAUUUCAGAUGUGUCACGUUCCCCCGAUAGAAAAAAAGACAUAAAAACUAAGAACAGUACAAAUGUUAAUAAUCAAGAAGAAGAUAAAUCCACAAAUUUAAACGACAUUGUAGACAAUACACAAAAACUAAUUCAACAAAUGAAAGAAGAAAUUAAUUCAGAUAUAUAUUCUAUUGAGGAUGCUAAUGUUUCCCAAAGUGAAAGAGACACUAGUACUAAUGAAUCCGAUUUCUCUUCAGAACAUGAAUCAAGUUAUAGUGAUACAGGAGAAGAGACGGAUAAUUUAACUUCAGAUGAAAAUGUAGAGUCCAGUACUAACGAUGGAGAGGAACAAAUUACAGAAAGAUGUACAUCCGUAAUAAACAGAACUAGCUCAGAAGACAAUGAACAGUUUGAAGAAGCUAUGGAUCACAUACAAGAACAAAUAGAGGAUUUUAAACAUACAAAUAUUGAAAUUUUAGAUUCUAUAGCACGUAGUUUACAGGAAGAACAAAUAAUUUCAGUAGAAUUAAAUAACCAUGAACCUUUGAUAGUGAAACGACAAGAUCGAAAUAAUAAUAUAUUUACAGCUGUACAAAGUUUUGAGGAAAUUUAUGAGCAACUAAAUACCAAUGAAGUUGCAAAUAUUUCUCCUAAAUCAAAAGAAAGCGGUGAUACAGUUAAAUUGAAUAAAAAUAAUUUAGAAAAAUAUGACAUAAAUAUAUCAUUAUAUAAGCCUGUAUCCGCAACAAAAUUAAUAUUAAUCGAACAAAAGGAACCUAUAUUAAAUGCGAUAGAAGAAAAUAUGGAGGAACCUUUAAGCUUAGAAGAUAAAAAUAAAAAUUUUCGCAAUAACGAUGGUAAAGAACAAAUAUCAAAUGACCAACUUCACGCAGAUAGUAUUCUCAGUACGAAUAAUAUAGUAGAGUCAGAAGAAAUUGUAACCGAUGAUAAUACUACAAAUAUUUUAGUUAGACCCAAUGAUCGUUCAAGGACUACAUCCUCUGAAAAUGAUAAAUCUAUCUCAAACAUACAUUUGGAUAAAGAAGAAAAUGAGUUCAUAGAAAAUAAAAAUAUAAAUAUAUCCGAAAAUAAAAAUACUUCUGAUAAAGUAAUUGAAAAAAACAAGAGAUCCAGAAAUAACACAUCAGAAUUAAUACCUGUAAAUCAUGAAAACGACAAUAAUGGCAAUAAAAAUAUGACCACGUCUAAGUCUAAUAUACCUAAACUGAUUAGGGUAGUACCAAAAAAUAAGCAUAAAGAGGACAAAACAGCUCCUAAAAUUUUGCCAUCUAAAGUUCCAGUGAGACGUAAUUCUGUUAAACAGUAUCCCGCUCCUGCACCGCCAAAGUCCCAAUUUGGAUCCAUUCAAAGUGGGUUUGUUAAACAAUUACAAACCAAGCUAUUUAAUGAUAAAUCGCCAAAGACUGAUAUAAAUAAUAAAAAAGGUGAAGGAAAAGCUACUUUCAUAUCAAAUUCAAUUAAAAAAAGACAGGCACCUUCAGCGCCCUCGAAGUCAGAAGAGAAUAAACAAUCACUUACACCAAAUGCAUCACCCUCGAAGGAGAAAAAUAAUCAUUAUUUUCGUGAAACUUGCCGCACGGAAGAUGAAUGGACGGAGAGUGACACUGAAGAUUCCCAAAUGCAAACUGCAAAACCCAGCGAAGAACUGCACCGGGCACCGACACCACCGCCACCGAUUACCGUACGUCGAGUAUCAGGCCAAAUUAUCGACUUGGCCACAGUUCGUCUCCCGGAAGGUUCACCUGAGAGACAAGCUCGCAUGCUGUUAGCUGAAGGUGCUGCAGAGAACUGGGAUCAGGCGCAUCUAGCAGUAGAUCUAGUGUCGCGUGGAGUGGACCCUCCGGCUGCAUUACUUGCUGCGCUAGAAUGCGCCGAUUUGACAUCUGCUUUGGCUUAUUUAAAUCAAGAGUGUGAGCUGUGUGCUUCACGACUUCCGGAACAUGAAAUGGUUACAAUGCUUCGUUGCACUCACCGCUGCUGCCGCGAGUGCGCGAAACUAUACUUCACUGUGCAAAUAACAGAGAGAAGUAUAGCCGACUGUGUAUGUCCGUACUGCAAAGUGCCGGAGUUGGAAAGCCUCCCUGAAGAUUCGUGGCUCGAGUAUUUCGCGCAUCUAGACAUACUAUUAAAAACAUUACUGGAGUCGGACGUACAUGAAUUAUUCCAACGCAAGUUACGAGAUAGAACUUUAGCAAGAGAUCCAAACUUCAGGUGGUGUAUGGAAUGUUCCUCCGGUUUCUUUGUUCACCCGAAGCAGAAGAAAUUGCGAUGCCCCGAAUGUAGAUCGGUGAGCUGCGCUACUUGCAGAAAACCGUGGUCAUCAAAUCACGAUGGAUUGACCUGUGAACAAUACGCCAAAUGGUUGGAAGACAACGACCCCGAAUUAUCAAUAUCAGCUGUACAACAGCAUUUACGAGAAAAUGGUCUAGAGUGUCCUCGAUGUCAUUUUAAAUAUUCUCUAUCCAGAGGAGGGUGCAUGCACUUCACAUGCACGCAAUGCAAAUAUGAAUUUUGUUAUGGAUGUGGGAAACCUUUCACCAUGGGCGCACAAUGUGGUCUUAGUGAAUAUUGCGCGAAAUUAGGACUACAUUCGCACCAUCCACGUAACUGUCUCUUCUAUCUUCGUGAUAAAGAGCCGCAUGAAUUGCAAACACUUUUACAGAUGAAUAACGUAACAUUUGAAACGGAAGCACCAGAGGGCAGCACCAAUCGUUGCCCAAUACAACUGCAGCGCGAAACACCUACUGGACUUGUGGAUGGCAUUUGCGGGAAUGAUGUGCCGCCCUUACACGGUGGAUUAUGCAAAAACCAUUACCUGGAGUACCUGAGCCGAGUAGUUCGCGCGCGGGGCAUCGACCCGCUGCCACUGCUGGGGGUCGACGACCUCGAGACACUAGUACGGCGCGCGGCGCUACGCCUGCCGCCGCGGCCCUACGGCUCCUUAGAGGGGCUCUACAAGCGCGCGCUCAUAGAGAUUGUAAGAGAAAAAAUACCAUUGGAUUGACGAUACGAUUAUCAUUUCGACCGGACAAUGAAGAUUCCAGUGAUAUAAUGUUGUUUCUAGGGAUUACGGUCGCCUUCAUGUUUUUAGUAACUCUCAAUAUUAUGUGUUUCAAGGCUUCUAUAUAAUUAUUAUACUUAUUAACACAAUAAAAAUAUUUAAAAUCGA